AUGCCAAAGGUGAUGUACCAAAUGACGAUAUCGUUGCUAUUAUCACGGAGGAAGGAACAAGAGGAAAACAGAGAGAGCCACAUAUCAAAGAGGUGGAAUCUGAUGGUAAAGAACAUGAUGGAAAUGACAGCCGAAAACCGGACAUGUACCGUCCCGCGCCUCGACCGAGCAUUUUGGCCGAGCCGAGAAGCUAUCGACAGUAUACAGCCAGAUUUUGGCCAAGCGAUAUGGCCGAUCCGGGAACCUUUAGUCUGUGGUCGUGCCAAGUUCCCUAGGAAUGGACACAGCCAACCUCGGUACUCGACCGAGCGUACCGAUCAACCCGGGAGCUUACUGUUUUGCGGUCGACGGAUCUUCACCAACUGUCCGGCACAAUCCGUCCGAGCAUACCGUUUGACCCGGGAAGCGAAUACCCGCGUGCGACCGUCCUUCACCAGCCACUCGACAUGA